AUGGUGUCCGUACGCUCCCUCGCGGCCUCUAUUCUGCCUGUUGCCUCCAUCGCAGCAGCACUCCCUCUUGAAGAUGGAGGCGUCAGCAUCAACAUUGUUGGCGGUACAACGGCCACCAUCUCCGAGUUCCCCUACAUUGUCAGCCUGACUGAGGGCGGCUCCCACUUCUGCGGUGGUGUCUUGUUGAACGCCAACACUGUCUUGACUGCGGGACACUGCUCCGAGGGCGUGCGCGCUUCUGCCGUCAAGGUCCGCGCUGGAACUGCUACAUGGGCUUCCGGUGGCAAGCAAGUCGGAGUCUCCUCCAUCAAGAUCCACUCUAGCUACACCGUCAAGGACGAUAUCCCCUACAACGAUAUUGCCAUCUGGAAGCUGUCAUCAACCAUCGCCGAGAGCUCCACCAUCAAAUACGCCACCCUCCCAGCCCAGGGCUCCGACCCCUCUUCUGGCACCUCUGUCACUGUUGCUGGCUGGGGUCUUACUACCGAAACCGGUACCAGCGUCGUCUCGGCCCUGCGAAAGGUCACCGUCUCCGUCAUCUCCCGCGCUACCUGCCGCUCCCAGUACGGCACCUCGUCCAUCUCUGAUGCCAUGUGGUGCGCUGGCGUCACUGCCGGCGGUAAGGAUGCCUGCAGCGGCGACAGCGGUGGCCCCAUUGUCAACUCCUCUGGAACCCUUCUCGGCGUCGUCUCUUGGGGUAACGGAUGUGCCAGGAAGGGCUAUGCUGGUGUAUACACCCGGGUUGGCAGCUUUGUUGACUGGAUCAACACCAACAAGGCUUAG